CGUCAUCCGGACGUCUCCCACGUUUCCACUGCCCAGAAGAACCCCUCGAUCGCAUCCCUGAACACCUCAAAAACCCGUCGUGAAGACGAGUCUUGUCUCGACGGGCAAUUCUCCCUCUCGGAAGUCGCCUCGUGCUGGUGGCUGACUCGCUCCGCGCAACUCACCUCCGUCUUUCGUCCCUCCACAACCUCAGCCUUCGUCGCUCGUCCAGACGCCCAGGUCUGACAGUCCCGUCAUGUCGACUCCGUCGACAGCCACUGCGACACAUCCUUCGCAUCAUCAACAUUAUGGGUAUCCGCAUCACCAAGCAUCAUACCAGGCCAACGGUUCAUACCCUUCAGCUACGACAACAACAGGGACUUCUCGCCUAGCCAACCCGUACACAUAUCCCGCCAACACGCCAACUACAACCCUUCCCUAUCCUCAAUCGAAGCCUCCAGUACCCUCCACGACGGGGACCAUGUCCUCUUAUCCAAAUAACAACGCUCCGACCACUGUUCGGGUCCCCCGGAGGAAGAAGCCCGACUGGGGCGAGUUCUAUAAGAACGGGUUGCCAAAGGAGGUGAUCGUCAUCGAUGACACUCCUACUCCUGAGCCGCAUGAGGAAGACCCCUAUCCGCCGGCCGGCCCUUCUACAGCCACGGCCACGGGUGGGAUGACCGUUCAGCCCGCAGGUAAGAAAAGACGGACUGGUGUCGAGACCGCGUAUGAUCUGGGGUACUACGAUCGCCCGUCGUUCUCGAUCAACCCCCAGCACUACGGAGAGGAUUCAUCUGGAACAUCCAUCUCCACUGAUCGAACCACCUCUCUGCACACUACGGCACCCACAUCGCUUGGAUCUCAUGGCAGUUCAGGCGCGAGCAACGGUGUGGUUUAUGAAGAUGCGAAUGUGGGCCAGAAGCGAAAGCGGGUGACCACACGAAAGUCUGCUCGCGACGAGCAAAAGCGCCGGGAACUCGAGACGGCUGGAGAUGCGUUCCUCAACUACAUACCUCCAAAGAAGCCACCUAUCAAAGCGAAGGACGUGCCAGUUCCGGUAGUCCGCGACUACACCUAUUCAAAGCACCAAAAAGUUGAUGAUGACGAUGGUCACUACAUUGUGACGCCGGAUACGGAUUUGACGGAUAGAUAUUCGAUUAUCAGGCUGCUCGGCCAGGGAACAUUUGGCAAAGUGGUCGAGGCCUACGAUAAGCAAAAGAAGACUCGAUGCGCAGUCAAGAUUAUCCGCUCGGUACAGAAAUACCGAGACGCAUCCAGGAUCGAGCUUCGAGUUUUGUCGACAUUGUCUUCGAAUGACAAGACCAACCGUAACAAAUGUAUUCACUUGCGAGACUGCUUCGAUUUCCGAAACCAUAUCUGCAUCGUCACGGAUCUCUUGGGACAGAGUGUCUUUGAUUUCUUGAAAGGCAACGGUUUCGUCCCAUUCCCUAGCAGUCAGAUCCAGAACUUCGCUCGACAACUAUUUACCAGCGUGGCUUUUCUUCAUGACCUGAACCUGAUCCACACAGACUUGAAACCGGAGAACAUUCUGCUUGUGAACAACGCGUACCAGACAUUCACGUAUAACAGAACCAUCCCCUCGUCCUCUCACACCACUUCAAGGAACGCCCGACAAAGACGUGUACUGCUGGACAGUGAGAUCCGCCUCAUCGAUUUCGGAUCCGCGACCUUUGACGAUGAAUACCAUUCCUCAGUCGUCUCCACCAGGCAUUACCGUGCGCCUGAGAUCAUACUGAAUCUGGGAUGGAGCUUUCCUUGUGAUAUCUGGAGUAUCGGUUGUAUUCUCGUGGAGUUCUUCACUGGGGAUGCUCUCUUCCAGACCCAUGAUAAUCUCGAGCAUCUUGCUAUGAUGGAGGCCGUCUGCGGAGGCAAGAUCGAUACUAAACUUGUCAAGCAAGUCCAGCAGGGCGGACGAGGCAACAGCCAGAAUCAAGCGGCCAAAUAUUUCAACCGCAAUAAGCUUGACUAUCCGAACGAGGAGACGACGAGGCAAUCACGGAAGUAUGUGAAGGCCAUGAAACAGCUUUCGGAAUUCAUUCCAUCGAAUACGCCUUUUAACAGACAAUUCCUCGACCUCCUCCAGCGGAUUUUUGUAUAUGACCCCAAGAACCGCAUCACUGCCAAGCAGGCUCUCAAGCAUCCGUGGUUCAAAGAAACUAUCAUCGAUGAUGGCACGGAGGCGUUGCGCAUUGGUCAACAACUGCAACGCAACGCCCAGCGAGGUUAGAUAUGAUUUGGCCUCGCUGGUCCAUCAUUUCAUAUCAUACACAUUAUGUUUAUUCCGGCUAUCUAAUUUGUGACGGCAACAAUUUCCGCUUGCAGUGAUGUUCCCGGUUACUGUUCCGUCUGCGGAGGUAGCAUUAUGUAUACCUAUCGAUAGAGAGUUUCUGGAUAUCGAGCU